GUCCUCUCAUUACUGCCAGCUUAGAACUUCACCAUGAAACAACGAGGGUGGGUUGUCGCCAUUUUCAUGAAUCAUGUACGAUGAUAAAUGGCUUGAGUGAGGGGUUAAUGUGACAGAAAAUCCAUGGGACUCCCUGUGACAGAAUCAUUGCCCGUGUUAGGAAAAUACCAUAAUAUAUAUAAAAGAUUGAAUUUUCUUUUUUCCUUUGUUUUGGAGUUAAUUUCCCUUUACAGAGUGCUAUAAAAGCACGUAUCUUGUCGUUACAAUCCUCACACUUUUACUAUCGUUUGCUCUUCUUCUGUUCUUUGCUGGCUUGCUUUGUCUCUAACACAAAUUGUCUUUCUUUUCUCUUGAGGUUUUAUUAAACAUUUUUUAUCAUGGGUGAGGCUGUUGAGAUCUUCUAUCCAAAUGGUUUCUCUAAAAUUUGCAAUGGAACAACUAACCAAACUCUUGUUGAGACUCACCAAUUUGAUUCUUGGUAUGAAGAAAGCAUUGAUGAAGAUCUCAAAUGGUCCUUUGCUUUGAAAGGUGUGCUGUAUAAAGGCACAAGUGAGUACCAGGAUAUAGCUCUUUUGGAUACUAAACGUUUCGGAAAGGUGCUGGUGAUUGAUGGAAAGAUGCAGAGUGCCGAAGUUGACGAGUUUAUUUAUCACGAGUGCUUAAUUCACCCAGCUCUUUUAUUUCACUCAAGCCCUAAAACUGUGUUUAUAAUGGGAGGUGGGGAAGGGUCUGCAGCAAGGGAAGCACUCAGGCACAAAUCUAUUGAAGAAGUUGUCAUGUGUGAUAUCGACCAGGAAGUGGUCAAUUUCUGCCGCAGAUUCCUGACUGUGAAUCGAGAUGCAUUUUGCAACAAAAAACUUAAUCUUGUUAUUAAUGAUGCCAAGGCUGAACUGGAGAAGAGGAAUGAGAAAUGUGAUAUCAUAGUUGGAGACCUGGCAGAUCCUGUUGAGGGCGGGCCUUGCUAUCAACUUUACACAAAAUCAUUCUAUGAGAAAAUUCUUAAGCCUAAGCUCAAUGAAAAUGGCAUUUUUGUUACUCAGGCGGGCCCAGCUGGCAUUUUCACUCACAAGGAGGUCUUCUCUUCCAUAUACAACACAAUCAGACAGGUUUUCAAGUAUGUCGUGGCGUACACAGCUCAUGUGCCAUCUUUUGCAGAUACCUGGGGAUGGGUUAUGGCCUCGGAUCAACCAUUCUCCAUUGAUGCUGAGGAAAUUGAUAGGAGGAUUGCGGAAAGAGUAGAUGGUGAAUUACUCUACUUAAAUGGCGCUUCAUUCCUUUCCUCUGCGACCAUGAAUAAGACUGUUUAUUUGUCGCUGUUGAAUGAAACUCAUGUUUACACCGAGGAAGAUGCAAGAUUUAUACCUGGACAUGGGUUGGGUAACCGCCUUUGAGGUUUCAGGCCUCGGUCUGGGAGAAGUUGUUGUAAAUAAAAGAAAGGGAAGGGUAGCAAUUAAAAGAUAGCAGCAAAAACUUUGCUUCAAAGAAAUUAGUCACCAAUUGUUGAAAGAACUUGGUUUUGAUUGAGACAUUAUGUGUUGGCUUUGGGUUGUCUACAGAUUUCAUUAGAAUGAACUGAUGCAUGAGAGCUUUAUAUAUAAAUGUAAUCAGUUCCUCCAUUCAGAUAUAUAUUCUUGAGUAUUAGUUGAUCUUGGCUUGCUAUGUGUGAUCACCUCCAUUCAGAUAUCCUCCAUUCCUACAAUUAAUGUUCGAAUCUUGCAAAAUUACAGUAUACCACAAUCUCAGUAAACUAUGAAACUGACAAUUGAACUCAAAAAUGUCAAUCCAUCUCAGAUGUAUUUCUAGAAAUUUGCC